GCGCAGCGGGCUUGCAGCGGGCUGUGAGCGCCGCCAGCCUGUCUUUGUCCUAGAAAUGUGCGUCGUGUCUGCCUCCGUGCCCUCGUUUUAUUCCUGAGCAACACUUGCAAAGACUUCUGAAACUCCUUUUUCAUGUUCCACCGAGACUACCAUCCGUGUACCGCCUACCGAGAAACCCUGGAAGGGUUUUGUGUGAGUUAGGUUGUGUGUGUGUGUGUGUGUGUGUGUGUACCUUUUUACUUUUCCUUACUUCGUUGUGAUCGUCAGAGGUCUUUGUGAAGUGAAGAGGACUGAUUGCCAGGAGCUACUCGGCAACCAUUGAUCGUUUUGUUUUUUCUUUUUUCUUGAAACUUACUGUUGGGGGGCGGGGGGGCGAAAGCAAAGAGCUGGUUUUCUUUGCUAGCCCAAUAAAUGCUGUUGAUGAAGAUGGACCUGUUGAACUACCAGUACUUGGACAAGAUGAACAACAAUCUCGGCCUUCUGUGCUACGAAGGUGAAGCUGCUCUCAGGGGAGAGCCCAGGAUGCAGACCCUCCCCGUGACCUCUGCCCUCACCAGCCACCGCACAGGCCCUCCUCCCAUCAGCCCCAGCAAGAGGAAAUUCAGCAUGGAGCAAGCCGACGACGACCGUGACUGUGAAAACGACCAUGCUUCCAAGAUGAGUCGCAUCUUCAACCCCCAUCUGAACAAGACGGCCAAUGGCGACUGCCGGAAAGACCACCACGAGCGGAGCCGCAGCCCCAUCGAGCGCGCCGUGGCCCCCGCCGUGAGCCUGCAUGGCGCCCACCUGUACGCCUCCAUCCCCAGCCUCAGCCUGGAGCAGCCGCUCGCCCUGACCAAGAACAGUGUGGACGCCAGCAGGCCGGCCGGCAUCUCGCCCCCACUGGCCCCGGCCGAGCGGCAGCAGAACCGGCCUUCUGUGAUCACCUGCGCUUCUGCCAGCAACCGAAACUGCAACCUCUCCCACUGCCCCAUUGUGCACAGCGGCUGCCUGCCCGCCAGCUACCGGAGGCCUCCCAGCACGACAGCCGCCUGCGACCCGGUGGUGGAGGAGCACUUCCGCAGGAGCCUGGGCAAGAACUACAAGGAGCCCGAGCCGGCCCCCAGCUCCGUGUCCAUCACCGGCUCCGUGGAUGACCACUUUGCCAAAGCCCUCGGUGACACGUGGCUUCAGAUCAAAGCGGCCAAGGAUGGGGCCUCCAGCAGCCCGGAGUCGGCCUCCCGGCGGGGCCAGCCCACCAGCCCCUCGGCCCACAUGGUCAGCCACAGCCACUCGCCUUCCGUGGUGUCGUGAGCACGGCUCAGGCUCUGGACACUCGGCGCUUCUGACCCGGAGGAUGGCUGGGGGG